AUCUCUGAAUCCAGGAUGCGCGGCGGUGUUGACGAAGAGAUGGCCGAGAGGAAUCGGUGGAUCCAAGCGGAACAGAAAAAAAUCAACGACAGUGUCAUGGCCCUGAUAAACAAAAGGAAGCUGUGCAAACCGGUCGGGUCCGAAAAGGAGGCGACGGAUAAGAAGAAGAAGAAGGAGAAGGAAGAGGAGGAGGAGAAAGAGGAGGAGAAGGAGGAGGACGAAGAAGUCGCCACGAAAUCAAGCGUGCGCACCGCAACGAGGAGCAGCGGACUGGUAAGAACUAGUUUCGUCAAGGUCUGGUACAGAAUUCGUGCUUUGAAUAAUAUCACCACCAUCGGUCCCGUCGGCUGUUUGAUCAUUCACUACGUAAAACCCGCACACCUCCUGAUCUUCUGCACC